AUGCCGGAUACUGAUCCCUCCAACCCAGGCCGUGACACUUCGGCCGAGGCCGGUGCUCCAGACGCCGGCGAAAGGUCCUCGCCGGCCGCUCCCGCACCUUCAGUGCCCGGAGAGGAUCCGAAGCGUGUCCCGCGGUACCUGGAGCUUGACCCUGAACUCUUACCGUCGGAUUCUUCCUGGUCCAACGACCCAAAGCUCAUGAAAAUGGAGACGUAUUUCUCUCUCGAUCCAGACAACUUCUACCUUUGGAACGAGAUAGACGCCGCCAUGUGGGCCUUCAGGAAGCCUAACAAUGGGUCUCUGAAGCUCGAGGACGUGGUUAAAAAGGUCCGUACUAGUACCUACAGCGGCCAGGACGUGAUUCAACAGUACAGAAGCGAAUUGGGCAGCUGGGGACAAGGCUAG